GAAUUCUGUUAUAAUAAAGUUAAGUUAGUGAGUUGCAUUAAUUAUUAAUUUGUACAUAAACCAAGUUUAUUACCUUCUACAUAGUUUUGAAAUAAUUUGAAAUGACAACGCUCAGAGAGAAACAAAUAGGUGCGUUGAGGCAAAUGCUAAACUUGAACCAGCCUCAAACCAAAACAAUGGCCUCGGAACCAGUUUGGAAAAUUCUAGUUUAUGAUCGAUACGGACAAGAUAUCAUAUCUCCCUUAAUAUCUAUAAAAGAACUACGAGAGCUAGGUGUAACACUCCAUGUGCAGUUGCACUCCGAUAGAGAUCCUAUCCCCGAUGUACCAGCUGUGUAUUUCUGCAUGCCGACGGAGGAAAACCUCGGCAGGAUAGGGCAAGAUCUCAACAACAACAUUUACGACAUCUACCAUCUCAACUUCAUCUCUCCGAUAUCCCGGCAGCGAUUGGAGGACCUAGCUGCAUCAGCAUUGCAAGCCAACUGCGUCUCUCACAUCCACAAGGUGUUCGACCAAUACUUGAAUUUCAUUUCACUUGAAGACGAUAUGUUCAUUCUGAGACAUCAAAACAGUGAUGCAAUGUCUUACUAUGCAAUAAACCGAGGAGAGAUAAAGGACACAGAAAUGGAGCAGAUAAUGGACUCUCUUGUGGACAGUUUGUUUUCUGUGUUCGCCACUUUGGGGACUGUUCCGGUAAUCAGAAGUCCAAGAGGUAACGCAGCAGAAAUGGUUGCUGAGAAGUUGGAUAAGAAACUGAGAGAAAAUUUGAGGGAUGCAAGAAACAAUUUGUUUACUGAUUCUGCCAGCACUGCAUUUAGUUUCCAGCGAGUGCUGUUGAUCAUCCUGGACCGCAACAUGGACAUGGCCACGAUGCUGCACCACUCGUGGACCUACCAGGCGCUGGCUCACGACGUGUUGGAUCUUGCACUCAACCGUGUGGUUGUGGAGGAAACCAGCGGCAAGUCUCCGAAGGGAGGGGUCCGCAGCAAGGCGCGCGCCUGCGACCUGGACAACAAGGAUAAGUUCUGGACAACCCACAAGGGCAGCCCAUUCCCCCAAAUGGCAGAAGCUAUUCAAGAAGAAUUGGAACAGUAUCGGUCCUCUGAAGAAGAAGUAAAAAGACUAAAAGCUUCAAUGGGUUUGGACAAUGAGAGCGAUGCGGCAAUAUCAAUGAUGUCUGACAACACGGCUAAACUGACAUCAGCUGUCCAAUCCCUACCACAGUUGCUGGAGAAGAAGCGACUGAUAGACAUGCAUACGACUAUAGCCACAGGUAUCCUGAAUGCCAUCAAGUCUCGCCGGCUGGACACACUGUUUGAGCUGGAGGAGAAGAUCAUGAGCAAGCAGUCCCUGGACCGCCCUCUCAUGGAGAUCCUGGCAGACCCGGAGACUGGGGCUCCUGAUGACAAGAUGAGGCUGUUCAUCAUCUACUAUAUCUGCACACACACCAUGUCUGAGGUGGAGUACGAUCGCUACUGCUCUGCUCUUGAAGCUGCUGGGUGCGACUUGCGACCUCUUACAUACAUCAAGCGUUGGAAGGCUUAUGCUAAAAUGGCUGCCAACCCUAACCAGUAUGCUGGCGGAGGCACCAAGACUGUGAGCAUGUUCUCCAAACUGGUGUCGCAGGGGUCGUCUUUUGUGAUGGAGGGAGUCAAGAACUUGGUGGUCAAGAGACAUAACCUGCCGGUGACCCGCAUCGUAGAUGAGUUGAUGGAGAUGCGCGGCGGAGAUGAUUACAGAUACUUUGACCCCAAACAGCUGCGGUCAGCCGACGCGUCCCAGCUGCCCAAGAACAAGACUCCCUUCACUGAGGCCAUUGUGUUCAUGAUCGGAGGAGGCAACUACAUUGAGUACCAGAAUCUCGUCGACUACACCAGGAGCAAAGCAGGAAUGGCUGGAGCCCCUGGUAGCAAGAGAGUGAUCUACGGAGCUUCCACCCUCAAUAAUGCCAAGGAGUUUAUUAAACAGCUUUCCCUGUUGGGCCAAGAGUUGCACUGAAGAAGAGAGGAAGAAGAGACUGAGGAGUCUCGACCAAUCACAGCGCAGCAACAUUCCCGCACUAGACCUCCUCAAUUUUGUUGUUGUUGACCAUAAUAUUUUAUUGUAUAUAUUUAUUCAUGUUUAAUAAACUGGUAUUUAAUUAAUAAUAUUCAAAUCUCAUUUAUGAGGCGGAACCAUCUGUACCCAUUUAACAAUUGUCUGGGGUUACCUGUACAAGUUAUAGUGCUUGCCUUCAAACCUGAAGGUUGAUGGUUCAAGCCCUAGCAUUCUGUACCCAGAUGCAAAGGUCAUUGUGCUUUCUGU